CUCCAGCCCCGAGACAGCAGCAGCUGCCCCUCAGCUCCGGCUCCUUCCUGCGCCGCCAGCGCCGCGACCCCCAGAGCUGCAGCCAUGGACAGAUGCAGAGCUCAGUGCUACGAGUACCCGUCGUGCCCCGACGUGCUGAAAGCCCCGCGGGAGGAGGUCGCCUACGUGACCUGCACCUACAGGUGCACCGGCAUCGAGCAGCCCGAUUUCCUGGCCACCGUGGACCUCAACCCGCGCUCCUGCCACUACGGCCAGGUGAUCCACCGGCUGCCCAUGCCCAACCUCAAGGACGAGCUGCACUGCGCGGGCUGGGGCCCCGCCUGCGGCUGCUUCGACGGCGGCGCCGCGGCCAAAAGGACCAAGCUGGUGCUGCCCUGCCUCAUCUCCUCCCGCAUCUACGUGGUGGAUGUGGGCUCCCAGUGCCGGGCGCCGCGGAUCUGCAAGAUGAUCGAGCCCGUGGAUGUGUUCUGGAAGUGCAACAAGGGCUACCUGGCUACCACCCACCCCCUGCCCAACGGAGACGUCCUGGUCGCCAACAUGGGCGACGCCGCUGGCCACGGCAAAGGUGGCUUCGUGGUGCUGGACGGAGAGACCUUCGAGCUGAAGGGCAACUGGGAGAACGAGUGUGAGGCUCCCCCGACCGGCUACGACUUCUGGUACCAGGCCCGGCACAACGUCCUGGUCAGCUCGGCCGGGGUGGUGCCCAGAGUGGCCGGGCGUGGCUUCAACCCCGAUGACCUCAAGAAAGGGGUCUUCGGCCGCCGCCUGAACGUGUGGAACCUGUCGUGCCGCAGCCUCACGCAGUGCUUCGACCUGGGCGAGGAUUCUCUGCCGCUGACCGUGCGCUUCCUGCACAACCCCGAGGCCGCCGAGGGCUACGUGGCCUGUGCCCUGAGCGGGGCCAUUUUCCGCUUCUACAAAUCCUGCGAGAGAGAGAACUGGGCCGUGGAGGAGGUGAUCUGCAUCCCGGCCAAGGACGUGUCGGGCUGGAUCAUGCCCAAGAUGCCGGCCUUCAUCGCCGACCUCGUCAUCAGCCAGGACGACCGGUUCCUGUACGUGUGCAAUUGGCUGCACGGGGACAUCCGGCAGUACGAGCUGUCCCGGAGCUGCAAGCCCCGGCUGGUGGGGCAGGUGUUCGUGGGGGGCAGCAUCCUGCGAGGGGGCCCCGUGACCGUGUGCAGGGACGAGGAGCUCAAGUGCCAGCCCGAGCCGCUGGUGGUCAAGUGCAAGCGCGUGUACGGCGGCCCCGCCACGCUGCAGCUGAGCCUGGACGGGAAGCGGCUCUACGUGACCAACUCCUUCUACAGCACCUGGGACCGGCAGUUCUACCCCAGCCUGAUCAAGGAGGGCUCGGUGAUGCUGCAGCUCGACGUGGACACGGACAAGGGCGGCCUGAGCGUCAACAAGAACUUCCUGGUGGAUUUCGGCAAGGAGCCCAACGGGCCGUGCCUGGCGCACGAGAUGCGCUUCCCCGGCGGCGAUGCCAAAUCCGUGACCCUGCCCUGA